AUGGUCGAAGAGAGUGGCAGUCUGCCGUUGCGCCAGGUCGUCGCCGCCCCAGCAGCAACGGCAGCAGCAUGUUGUAGCAGCAGCAGGAGGAGUAGUGCGCCGUCUCCUUUCAAGAGUGGUUCCCAAAACGGUGUCGGUGAAGCCAAAGCUUCUCCUACUAAGCACCUUAUUUCCCAGGCCAGCAGGUCUCUCGUAGGAGGGAAGAGAGGGGUGCUAGCUCUUGAGCAAAAUGAAAAGGACCAGCCAGGAAUGUGGAACCGUCCUACCAAUCGACUGCAUACUCCCCAGGGUAAAUCACCUAGAAAGUGA